UCACGGUGGUUGCGGUGGCAUUUUGGUAAUAAUAAUAAUAACACUGGUUUUAUUUUUCUGUUGGUUCACGUUAGUCUAGCUGCGUAACACCAUUUUCCACCUGGUUCUUAACCUUCUUCUUCUUCAUCUUCAUCGAUCAUCUCUUUCAGGAAUGGGUCUUCUCAAAAUCAUCCGGAAAAUCAAAAGGAAGGAGAAGGAAAUGCGAAUUCUUAUGGUUGGGUUGGACAAUUCUGGAAAAACUACAAUUGUUUUGAAGAUAAAUGGGGAGGACACUAGUGUCAUCAGUCCUACCCUUGGCUUCAACAUCAAAACCCUCGCCUACCAGAAGUACACUCUAAAUAUAUGGGAUGUUGGGGGCCAAAAAACAAUUCGAUCUUACUGGAGAAACUACUUUGAGCAAACAGAUGGUUUAGUUUGGGUAGUUGACAGUUCGGAUCUGAGAAGAUUAGACGAUUGCAAAAUGGAGCUAGAUAACCUUCUAAAGGAAGAGAGACUAUCUGGAUCAUCCUUACUAAUUCUAGCAAAUAAACAAGAUAUUAAAGGCGCCCUUUCGCCCACAGAAAUAGCUAAGGUGUUGAACUUGGAAGCUAUGGAUAAAUCUCGGCAUUGGAUGAUAGUUGGCUGUAGUGCAUACACUGGUGAAGGUUUGCUUGAGGGAUUUGAUUGGUUGGUCCAGGACAUAGCCUCUAGAAUCUACAUGCUGGACUAAUUAUUGUAAUGCAUUGAUCCAUGCAAAGGUUCAAAGUUCAAACUUAGAAGAGUUAACCCUAAUGUGCUAUCAUUGGAAGACAUUGCCCCAGCAUCUCUAAAAUGUUGUUCCACAUGGAAUUUUCCCUUCUUUUCUAUUCAAGCAUUUAAUCCAGUCAGUGUACUGAGCUUUUUAUGUAAAUAUGAAGUUGGGCAGUAUAAAUAACAUUUCACGUUCCCAUCAGUGGAGGAUAACAUCUAAAACAGUUGAGCAUAGCAUACAGCUUUUUAUUUAUUUA